AUGUCGAAGAAUUCAACCGCUGGUUACGGCACAAUCCCCACCACCACCACCACCACAUACCUGCCCUCGCAGUCGUCACCUAAGACAGUGAUCGCUCGGGCUAGGUACCACACAGAGAAAUUCAUCGCCAGGCGUCGUCCAUGGCGCGAGUUUUUUGAUUAUACAGCAAUUACUCGGCCACUAAGCUACGACGACAUUAACCGUCGAAUCAAACAGAAUCUUAACUACUUUCAAGUGAAUUACGCUAUGGGGAUUCUUCUCAUACUCUUCCUCAGUCUGAUUUACAAACCUAUUUCUAUGAUCACGUUUCUGAUCGUGUUCGUCGGCUGGUUCUUCCUUUACUUCUUCCGUGAUCCUCGAAACCCUGUUGUGAUUAUGAACCACGUGUUUGAGGAACGCGUUGUGCUUAUGGGUCUGAGUUUGGUCACCAUCUUUGCAUUGGCGUGUACGGAUGUCGGAGUGAUUUUGUUAGUCGCUGUUGGCGUUGGCACGGUUUUUGUCGGGGUACACGCAGGAAUCAGGGGUACGGACGGCUUGUGUUCGGAUGAACAAGGUUCUGGAGAUGGCGAUUUGGUUUCGGUUGUUGGUGGCAAGUAG